ACGCUCUGUACCUGAGGGGGGCUCGUCCUCCACCUCCCCGGCGCCUUCGCUCCGCUUCCGUCCCGCGCGCCCCCAGUUCCCGUGCGCACGCGUACCUGGCUCGACCUUCCUUCUCGCGGGGACUAGAAGCCGUGCGUGCACACCCACGCACGUAGCGACGCGUACGUCCACCUGCCCGCCGUACAGGGUGCGUAGUAGAGGCCUCUUCCUGGUCCAUCCGCGCCGCGCAGGCGUAGGCCCACGCUGCGCUUAGCCGUCCCCACACGAGCGUCCCGUCUCCUAGUAACCAGCCGCUGCCCACUCCUUCACCACUUAAUUCUUACUCCCUGCUUGCGGCGGCCGCACCUGAAUAGAACACGCAUGCGCAGGGCUGUAUCUCCGCCAGCCUCCCUCCCUUGGCUCUAGAACACCUGCUGCUUCGCUAUUGCAGCUUUGUAGCAUUUUUCCCCCCCCCAGGGAUAUAUUACCGUUUUGGACCCAAUUUCAGCGAACUCGUUACUCCCCAGAGCUGCUUUUGGGCAGUGGGAGGUUGUUGAGCUCUCCUGCCGUGGCAAGGGGCCGGUUUUCAGUGAAUCUCCUAGGUCGGGUUCUGCUGCUGCAUCCUCUCGGAAGGGAGAAGUUCUUUCUGUUCGGAUGAAAUAGGUAACUAGAUUUUCAUAGCUGUUCUCUGAUGAUCUUGAUAAAGUUUGCACCUCUGUAUUUCAAAUAAUUUUACAUUUGAAGAGACUAACAAUUCCUGUUUUUGCCAGUUUCUGCAGAAUGCCUGCUUUGUUCGGCUCAUGGUGUCCUUUUAUCUUUAAAACCAGCAAUAGCCAGUCAGGUCCUUCCCACAUUGCAUCAUUCUAGCAGUCACCUCUCUUUCACUUAUGCAGACUAGUGAUCGAUCACCAGUGAUGAGUCCAGGAUAAUCUCACCACCUCAAGCAAUCAAGUUGAAGAAACGUUUCCACUACUUAAAGAGGUAUCUGCAAACUGUAUUUAUUCAACCAUCCCCAUGGGAUUUUCCCUUAGUAAAUCUGCUACUCAGGUAUCUGCUAUGCACAUGGAUUCAAAAGUGGAUGAUCAUUUGAUGCAAGGAACUGAGAAAAGCAAGUUGGAACCAGUGACUCGAUUAUUUCAAAACACCAAGAAAAUCAGAUUAGAAGACACGAACCAAGAAAACUUUACAAGAAGUAAAGAGAUUGGCUCAGGAUCUCUUUCAGAGAAAACCUCGGGUUCUGUGGUAUAUGUUAAAGAAAGUGAUGGAAUAGAAAUGACAGAUGUGGAAUGAAGUUAUUUGUACAUACUACCAAAGAAACCAGAAUUUGCUUUUGACUACAAGUGCAUGUUGAAUGAGAACUUACUUAACCUUACUAGGAAAACCUAAUGAAGGAAUACAAUUGCUUAUUUUUCACUAUUCACGAAUCACAGUAGGCUGCACUUUUUUGAUACAUAUUUUAAAAAGUUAAUGUUUUAGGGGAAAAAAAACUUUCCAAAACUCAAGGCAAAAUUCUCUGGUAUUACAUUCUAUCCUUGUCAAAAAUCAGAAUUUUUUGAAUAACAGUAUUUAAAUGGUACCCAAAUAUUUUAAUUAUAAUGUAUUUCUUUAACAAGUGAUCAAAAAACAGUGCCCAAACAAUUUGACAUCUGUAUUUCACACUACGUAUGGUGUACCAAUUUUGUAAGAGUUCUAGUUUGUGAUUUUGCUUUACAUUACUUUAUCUUCCUGCAUUUUUGCAUUUCUGUUCUAUAAGCGAUCACUUCAGGUAAACUCUGCAAAAGAUCAGUAAAUUACGUACCUUGUGAAGCAUUUAACAUUUUAAAUCAAUGACCCUUUUAAAACUGUUUGCCUCCACACUGAAUUCAUUUCAAAAUUACAAAAUAGUUAUUUUCAAGUGUAACAGUUUAUCUUCGAUACUACCAUUUUAUACUACCGAUAUUUAAUAUAAGAAAACAACCUAGUGUUAAAAAUAAUCAUAUAUAUAUAUCAGUUUGUCAUUCUUACUGAAAUGUCUAGUAGUUUGAGACAGCAGUAUUGUCCCAAGUAUUAUAAGAUGAAAUUAAAACCAUUUUGUGUCUGGACAUAUAGUGACCUGUAACUAUAUUAUGUAUGUUUUGAACAUUUUCCUGUACUUUAAAAUUUAUUGGCUAUUUCUAAUGCCCAAUUGUGAGUUAUCUCCAUAAUAGUCAUAAAAACAAAGAUGAAAAGGCAUCUUAUCUUAGGGGAAUCAAUAUUUUAUGAAUCAGAAAAACACAAAUGUAGUAUAUUUAUAGGGAAUAUUAAGCUUAGAGCUAAAUAAAAUUAUUGAAUGGGAUAUAAGCCAAUAGGAUGAUGCUUUUAUCAUUUUCAGAACAUAAUUCUUUGGGACAGAAAAAAAAUUAAAUUAUUUGAUUUGUUCACCUAACCUGGCACUGUGCUUGUUGCUAGAGAUACAGUGGUGAAUAAAAUAGGCACUGCCAUCAUAAUGUUUACCAUCUGUCUGCCAGAGAAGAUAGAACAUCAGACAGUAAUUAUAUAAGAUAAAAAUUAUGAUGUGCCAUGAAGAAAAAGUAAAAUGUCUAGAGGGACAGGACACAUAAACUUGAUUUUUAAUCGUGGGAACUAGGAAGUUUUCUCUAAGGUCAUGUCAUUUAUAGCUUUUGCAGUGAGAUAGUUGUCCAAGUAAGAUGAUGGUAAUGGUCAAGGUCUUGAGAAGUAGAGAGAGUCCUGGUGAAGGUUAGCAGGACAGAAUGAUGGUUUGGAAGUGAGAAGUGAGGAAAAAGAAAGGAAUUCCAGCUAAAAAGGCUAUGCAUGGAAGUUCUCUGGGGAAAAGACUGAGCUCAGGAGCAUGGUUUUGGGACAUAACACAGUUUCCAAGGCAAGUAGACAGUUAUAUGUAUGGAAUUAAAAAUAUGAAUUUUGAAGUUGUAUGUAGAAAUGGUAUUGAAAGCCUUGGAAAUGAAUGAGAUUGUUUAAGGUGAAUGUAUAGUGUGAGCUAAAGUCCUGAGGAACUCAAACAUUUUAGGAGCUGGUCAGCAUGGGGAAGCUAGCAAAGAGAACUGAGGACUUGGCAGUGAGAUGGUAGAAAACUAAGACAAGGUAAUGUCAAGAUUGCCCACAGUAGUUGUUACGGUGGAGGUAGUCAACUGAAAGGCUAGACAAGGAUGGAAAGGUCCAUUGGAUCCAGCAGUAUGAAAUGUUGCAGUAACCUUAGCAAAAACUACUUUCCUCUUUUCUUUUUUUUUUUAAACAGGGGC